AUGUUGGAGAGGCUGAUGGAUGGAUACAUAAAAAACUCACUGCUGAUAGACCGACCCCUGUUCUCCUCGCAAUAUGCCUAUAGGGAGGGGAGGUCCACCGAGAUGACCCUGCACCACCUUGUGGCAAAGGUUGAGGAAGAGAUAGAGAAGAAGGGCUACGCGAUGGAAAUCUUUCUCGGCAUCGAGGGAGCUUUUGAUCGUACCAGAUACGAUGUCAUAAUGAAAGCCAUGUCAAAGAGAGGCUUUCCAGAGACUGUCAUUGACUGGACACAAAGCAUGUUGGCGAGCAUAUCACUAACCGCAGCUGACAACGAAGCAAAAGUGGAGGGCUGUCCCCAGGGGCAUCCGCCUAGCCUGAAAUCAGUGAACGCUGUCAAAGCUUCCAAACUGAGACGACGUUAG